AUGCGCUUCUCUGGUAGACCCGCCUUCGCUUUUCUUUUCGCCGUUGCAUCCCUUGUCGUCCGCGCUAACGCGGACUUGAAGGGUGUCUUUGGACAUUACCUUAUCGGCAGCUUGGGCGACGCAUCCGAGGCCAUCAAGGACGUCCAGGAUGCUAAGCAGAUGGGCCUGGACGCGUUCGCACUCAAUGUGCAGGACGCGACCGCGCCCUUCGCCACGAACGCGAUUCAGCUGCUCUUCAGCGCGGCCGAAUCCAACGACUUCAAGCUCUUUUUCUCAUUCGAUAUGACCACGCUCAACGACCCUUCGACCUUCAUUCCCCUCCUGCUGCAGUACCAGAGCAGCUCCGCCUACUACCUGCACGAGAACCGCCCAUUCGUCAGCACGUUCGACGGCGGCAACGUUGCCUUCGGUCAGAGCACGCCCAACCAGGGGUGGCAGACUCAGUUCAUCGACGUGCUCGCGAACUCGGGCGUGAAACCGUUCUUCGUCCCGGACUUCGACGACUUCAACAACCAGCUUGGCGGGACGUACGAUGCCCAAUUCUUCCAGGACUUCCCCGUCGUCGAUGGCGUCUUCAGCUGGGAGUCUGCUUGGCCCGAGGUGCCUGAGGGACACGUCAAUGUCAGUUCUGCCAAGGACCAGACCGGCCUCACAAACGCCCGUGCCGCGGGAAAGGUCUACAUGAUGCCCCUGUCCUCUUUCCAGUUCAAGCACAUCGACGCCAACCAGAACUUCUACCGCCUGGGCGGUCUCAACCUCGCGCAGCGGAUUGGACAGGUCCUCGAGCUCCAACCCGACUUCGUCGAGAUCAUCACCUGGAACGACUCGGGCGAGAGCCACUUCAUCGGCAACAUCUUCCCGGAGCCCAUCGCCGGUUCUCCCGCCAUUCAGGCCUACGCCGACGGCUUCAACCACACCGCGUGGCAGAACGUCCUCGCGCCGUUCAUCGUCGCCUACAAGAACGGCGCGACAAGCGCGGCGGACGUCACUUCCUUCGGCGCGUUUGCCGGCGCAUUCUGGUAUCGCCCCCUUCUCCUCACCGCGCAGUGCGCGAGCGACCCGCUCGGGAAGCCCGAUGGCGCGCAAAACGCGGUCGACGAGCUGAGUUUCGCGGUGCUCCUCCCGGCGGACUCGACCGGCGUGACGGUACGGGUGUCGAGCGGUGGCAAUGUCGUUGCGACGUUCCCCACUACACCGGGCUUGAACGCGGCCACAGUGCCCAUCCAGCUGGGCGCGCAGCGUGUGGAGCUCGUUGGGGCCGACGGGAGCGUUAUUGGUGCGGGCGACGGUACGAAGGACGUAGUGGGUGAGACCGAUGGAGUAUGCAACUUCAAUUACGAGGUUGCGGACAUUUCGUAG